CUAGUAAACCAAUUUGACAAGAACAGGGGCACUAUUCGCCCUGUCCGGCGCAGCUACUACGACCCAUCGUCGGCGCCGGGCAAGGGAGUCGUGUGGGAGUGGGAGAAUGACAGCGGGUCGUGGACGCCCUAUGACAUGGAUGUGGGCAUCACCAUCCAGCGCGCCUAUGAGAAGCAGCACCCCUGGGUGGACCUGAGUGCCAUUGGCUUCUGCUACGUCAUCGACUUUGCUACCAUGGGACAGAUCAAUCGGCAGACCCAGCGCAAGCGCCGCGUCCGCCGCCGCCUUGACAUGGUCUACCCGCUGGUCUCAGGCACCCUGCCCAAGUCACAGUCCUGGCCAGCCAGUCCUGGCACUAUUCGCCCUGUCCGGCGCAGCUACUACGACCCAUCGUCGGCGCCGGGCAAGGGAGUCGUGUGGGAGUGGGAGAAUGACAGCGGGUCGUGGACGCCCUAUGACAUGGAUGUGGGCAUCACCAUCCAGCGCGCCUAUGAGAAGCAGCACCCCUGGGUGGACCUGAGUGCCAUUGGCUUCUGCUACGUCAUCGACUUUGCUACCAUGGGACAGAUCAAUCGGCAGACCCAGCGCAAGCGCCGCGUCCGCCGCCGCCUUGACAUGGUCUACCCGCUGGUCUCAGGCACCCUGCCCAAGUCACAGUCCUGGCCAGACAGUCCUGGACAGGCACCCAGCACACCUGCCUUGAGCUCGGCCAGCUCCACCACCAGUCCCCCUAGCGCAGGCGGUGGCAAGGUGUCCCAUCCAGGCAUCGGCACCCUGAACCGCAGCCACCUCCAGCGCCUGGCCAUUGCCCAGUCCCGGGUGCUCAUUGCCUCUGGGGUCCCCACUGUUCCCGUGAAGAACCUCACUGGCUCCAGCCCUGUCAACCCAGCACUGGCAGGGAUCACGGGGAUCCUGAUGAGUGCGGCCGGGCUGCCUGUCUGCCUGACUCGGCCCCCCAAGCUGGGGUUGGACCCCCCACCCGUGAGCAAAAGUGAGAUCCAGUCCAUCCCUGGCAUCUCCCACACCUGCCGCAAGACCACCAAGAAACAGGCCAAGAAGGGUAAAACCCCGGAGGAGGUACUGAAAAAAUACCUGCAGAAGGUGCGGCAUCCGCCGGAUGAGGACUGCACCAUCUGCAUGGAGCGCCUCUCUGCACCCUCUGGCUACAAGGGACCGCAGCCGGCCGUCAAGCCUGACCUGGUGGGGAAGCUGGUGAAAUGCGGCCAUGUCUUCCACCUUCACUGCCUGGUCGCCAUGUACAACAACGGCAACAAGGAUGGGAGCCUGCAGUGUCCCACGUGCAAAACCAUCUAUGGGGUGAAGACGGGGACACAGCCCCCAGGGAAGAUGGAGUAUCACAUCAUCCCUCACGCACUGCCUGGCCACUCUGACUGCAAAACCAUCCGCAUCAUCUACAACAUCCCCCCGGGGGUGCAGGGACCGGAGCAUCCAAACCCCGGGAAGAGCUUCACCGCCCGCGGCUUCCCACGGCACUGCUACCUGCCAGACAGUGAGAAAGGCAGAAAGGUACUGAAGUUGCUGCUGGUAGCAUGGGACCGGCGCUUGAUCUUCGCCAUUGGGACUUCCAGCACCACAGGCGAGUCAGACACGGUGAUCUGGAAUGAGAUCCACCACAAGACAGAGUUUGGCUCGAACCUCACCGGCCACGGCUACCCUGACAUCAACUACCUGGACAAUGUCCUGGCUGAGCUUGCAGCCCAGGGCAUCACGGAGGAGAGCCUGGUGCAGGAGAAGGACUGAGACCAUGGCAGGGAGGC